AUAGAAAAGUGUGCGAGUGUGGUCGCGCAGAUGAAAUAGAAAUUUGACAAAUAUACAUGUAUGUAUGAAUCGAGUAAUAGAUGUGGUGAUCGAGUGACAUUUACGCGGUAUAUAAAUGCAGGUCUCGCGUAAUAAUCGUGUUCGUAGUUUUUGUGUUGAAAUUUACGAGAAAAGUAGACGAAUCCCCGAGGGUUAGAGGUUUCCGGCAAGAUUUUCUGUUAUUUAUUUUUCUUUUUUCAUUAUUUUCAUUGUUGUUUUUUAUUACGCCUGAAGAAUCGUGGGUGCGAAAGGCGUUAACGGCGGGGCGAACGAGCGUGUUUUGUGGUGGGGAGGGGCGAGUCAACAGUGUUGCGGUGGCGCGCGCGGAGAGUAGCGAUAGCGUUGAAACACUCGUCUCCGGCUCCGGUCGCGCUCUCUCGCUGCAAACUAUAGAAAUGUCAAAAUGGCGUCUUCGCAGGACGCUUGGUAUCUUUCGUUGCUCGGUUUAGCCGAAAACUUUCGUACCUCGAGUCCUCCUAACAUCAAGUCUUGCAUACAGUGUUUACAAGCCGUUUUUAACUUUAAACCACCGCCCCGUGUUGAAGCACGGACGCAUCUACAACUUGGUAAUAUUCUAUUGAUGCACACGAAAAACAUCGAGUUGGCGUGUUCCCAUCUCGAACAAGCGUGGAGGCUCAGUCAAAAUAUCAAUACGUUUGACGACGUAAAGUUUGAGGCAGCUAGCGUGGCGGCAGAACUUUAUGAACAACAACAGCAACCCAAUUUAAGUAAACCAAUAUUACGAAGGGCUAUUGAACUUUCGCAGCACAAUGUUUACUGGCACUGCAGACUCAUUUUUCAAUUGGCGCAAAUUCACGCGUCUGAAAAGGAUUUCGUAGCAGCAAGCAGUUUGCUAGCUGUAGGUGUCGAUUAUUCUCACAUAAGUAACGCGAGCUAUACACGGGUGUUGUUUCUAUUAAGCCGUUGUAUGCUACUGUUGAUCGAUAAGAAAUUUAGCGAGGUUCACUCGUUGCUUAAUUCGGCAAGUCAUCACGUCGAGAAUUGGCAGGGAAAUCCCCAUCAAAAGGAAUAUCUCAAAGUUUAUUUCCUCGUACUUCAAGUUUGUCAUUUUCUAAUGGCUGGACAAGUCAAGAGCGUCAAACCGUGCUUAAAACAAUUGCAACAAAGUAUACAAACAAUUAUGUCACCGAAUUGGCCUUCCGACGAGGUUGUAACGGGCUCGAAUAUCGGUGAUAUGUUUAUAUGGAUGCCAAAGGAACAUUUGUACGUUUUAGUUUAUCUAGUAACCGUAAUGCACUCGAUGCAAGCUGGAUACAUGGAGAAAGCACAAAAGUAUACGGACAAAGCUCUCACACAAAUAGCGAGAUUAAAGAUCGUCGACAAUAAGCCGAUACUAUCGGUAUUUCAAUUAAUGCUUCUCGAGCACAUUGUCAUGUGCAGAUUGGUGAUGGGAAACAAAAGUGUCGCUUUGGCAGAAAUAUCGCAGGCGUGUCAAUUGUGCAGACGGCAAUCCAGACUUUUGCAGGGUCACAGGCCACAGUUGCAUGCGCUCCUCGGUCUUUACGCAAUGUCGAUGAAUUGCAUGGAAGCUGCCGAAGCUCAAUUCACGGCUGCCCUCAGAACAUCCCAGGAGAGAGAACUUUGGACUUUUGCCAAUCUGAAUCUAGCGAUCGUGUACCUGAGAACGAAAAGGGACGCCGAAUUAGGCGCCCUUCUCGAAAGGAUAAAUCCAGAGUCCUUACCGUCGCACUCGCAUUCCUUGAGGGCGGCCGCUUAUUACGUUCAAGGUCUUCAAGCAUUUUUCGGGGCCCGAUACAACGAGGCCAAACGAUAUCUCAGAGAAACUCUCAAAAUGGCAAAUUCCGAGGACCUCAAUAGGCUCACGUCAUGUAGUCUCGUUCUUUUGGGCCACAUAUUUCUCUCGUUAGGUAACAGUCGAGAGUCUAUGAAUAUGGUGACUCCAGCGAUGCAACUUGCAUCUAAAAUACCAGAUGUUCAUGUGCAACUCUGGGCAUCGGCAAUUCUUAAAGAUUUGUACAGAAUAUGUGGGGAUCCAAAUCGAGAAAGUGAAGCGUACCAGAUGCAUUGUAAUUUUUCGCAAACUCUUCUGAAAGAUCACUUUCAAAGCACGCAAAUGGUUGAGCAUGCUUUAAUCCAGUGGACCGAUGGUCCAAUACCGGCGUUGCCGAGCAAUCCGCCACCAUCGACGUCACAAGCUAUCUUAUAACGUGUCUGGUUCGAGGAUGACGAGAGGGCUCGAAGCCCUGAAAUAUAUCUCAGUGCCGGGAGAUGAAGAAAUCAAAGAAAUCGCUUUGCUGUAAACGCAAAUUGAUCCACCGAUUUUCCGUUUACUUCGGAACGAUUUGGGAAGUUUCUCAAUGCUGCUGAUUAAUCGGGAGAGGUUACGGGACACUUUUUUAAAAGUGGCUAAAUCGCAUUUUCGAUUAUAACACAACGGUUUGUCGGACCGAAUGAACGAGAAACUUGAGCAAAUGAUAGGAAGAAAGUUGUUUCGAUAUCCAAUGGAAAGUAGCCUUGAUCACCGAAAGAUAAUGAUUUAAAGAGGAAGAUCGUUUUUGUUCGGGGCAGAAACCUGGUCUCAGUUCUGAAUACGUGAACAAUUCAGUACCGUCGUCGGGGCUGCGACAAGAAACAAAAAAUAUGAAAAUUAUUUCGUUGGCAGGUUUUUAACAACUGGUUAUUUUUCUUAUGAUAUAUUUCAUUAAGAACCAGAAAAAGUGCAAACGACAAUGGUAAAUGUGCUUUUAAUAAUGUGCCAAUCAAAGUCUCUAUGCAAGAAAUUAAUGUAGCUGCUCCUUCAGUCUAAUAUUCAUUGAAAAACAAAAUUUUGGAUAAAUCCUCUGCUCCUAUUCGUAAUGACGAUCAACAUCGAAGAUGUGUGAAAAUUUCAUAGUCUGUCGAGAGCAAUGUAAUACAUUCUCAUUUCGCUUGAGAUUCAUCGUUUUUCAUUACUUCAACUCUUCUCGUAUAGACAUGAACCUUCAAGAACCGUAUAAAGAUUAGCUCUUUGGUAUAUUUGUUUUUUAGCAUUCAAAAUUUGUAUAACACAAGCGUAACGCAUUUGGUUGUAAAAUGCCCUGAAACUGGAGUAACAAAGAAAGUACAUUUUCAAAGAGAUUUGCCACUCAUGAAUACGAAAUUUCGAGGAUAAACAAUUAGUGAAAAGUGGGACUUAAAUUUUUGUAUUCAACCAAAAUUUUCAGUCUGCAAGCGAUGUACAGUUUUUAUGAAUAAUUUCAAUCUUAUAUUUCGUUAUAAACGGAAACGCAGGAGCACAAUAAUUGCCGUCAAAAUGAACUCGCUUUGCGUUAUAAAAUAUUCAACAAUUUUAUCAAUACUACAGUCAAAUCUUCCGGUGGGAACUUGCGAAAGUUCGACGAUCAAUGACGAUAAAUGUUGUGAAACCGAGAAAGAAGUUUCGUCGAUGCAUUUAUUGACUUGGUUUGGGAAAUUGGUAGAACGAUAAAGAAAAAAAGAAACUUUGAAGCUUAUGAACAAAAAAUAGUCGACGGAGGAAGAGAGACAUCGUAUGAAUGAAAAUUACCUAUUCUUUUUAUCAUUUUUAGAUAAAUCUGUGAAUAAUGUGUACAGUGAAAAUAAUCUCUCUUUCUCUACCCCGAUAGACUUGAGGCGGGUUGCUGCGACGAUCAUGAACAGCUUAGAUUGAGGAAUAUCGAUUUUCAAUCAGUUAUUCUCACUAAUGAAUGAAGCAAUUGUUUGAACGUGGUGAAAAAGAAAAAACGGUAAAGCCUGACGCGUGUUUCGUGGCGUCACAGGGGCCUUAACGCUCGCGGUACCUCGAGCACUUUUUCAGAAAAACAUAGCCUGCCCAAAGAAGCAGUAGCCCUUUUAUGUCAUUUUUAAAUUAAUAAUAUGCGCUAUCGAGUUACCGCAGCGUCUUGUAAAUAAUUCAAUUGAUGGUUGGGGAAUUAGCGUCCGAAAAUUUAUGGUCAUUUCGUGAGCAAAGCGACCGUUGAUGUGUGUUUAUUUUUUGUCGUAUUGUCGUAUUCGAACGAUCGACUGUAACAGUAAUUCGUGUGAAGCCGGAAUUCACUCGCGUCAAAGCCUUUAUUUUCCUUGCAGGCCUGCAUAGAAAACAUUCGAUAACGUUACUUCAAGAUUGAUUUGUUUACGUAAUGAGAACAAAUAUCGCGUAUAUUCGAUUUAUCCAUUUUAACAAAUUUGUACAAUAAACCUAUUUUGUAAUUCAUCGUCAUUAUGUCACUCCCGUAUGGUCUUUUUUCCUGUUUAUGUAUGUGUAUAUCAGCACAUAUACGUAUCAACAGUAAAUUUAUGCCAAAUUAUGUGAACGGCAAUUUUCUCAUUUUUCAAACGAAAUUGUUCGACAGCUGAUCCAUGUAUAGAGGCAACAAAAAACUUCAUAUUCGGAGCUGAAAAUUUGAACUUCUACAGUUGAGGUCAAUUUUUUUAAAAUUACAAUGAAUAUCUGCAGCUCUGGAAAAGCUUCGCCUCUUUUGAAACUCGUGUAAAGCUGUGCAGGAUUUUGGCUUAGAAAUCUAGUAGAAAUUCUGGAAUAUAUAAUGAAUAAUCGUAUCGGCUGCAUGAGAGACAACUUCGAAAAAUGUUUCACGUUUGAAAAAUGAAAAACAAAUGAAGACGAAAAAUAAUAGCAAUGCUUCGAUGCGCUGAAUUCCGUUGGAGUGAUUUGUAUGAAUGAAUGUGUAAAAGAGACAAAAAUGAUAUUUGACGAGAGUGCGAAAAAAGUCUAUCGAUUAAACGAUCUUGUACAGGCUGUUUUAUCACAAAUGUAAUGUAUUUUUUAAGAUACUAGAGAAAGAGGAAAAAAAUGGUACAGACGAA